AUGCACUUAUUUUACAAACUAAUUUCAUUUUCUAUUCAAGGUGGCAAAUGUCAAAGAAAAAUAAAGAAGCUUAACAUAAGCAUUUACCUGUUUCAAGUUGAAAAUAUGAGUCAUAGGAACUUCUCAGCUAGUUCUGGUAGUGGAAAUGCUGGCAGGACAUUUGAGUUUGGAAGGACUCAUGUGGUUAGACCUAAAGGCAAGCACCAGGCAACUAUAGUUUGGCUACAUGGUAUUGGCGAUAACGGCUCAAGCUGGUCUCAACUAUUGGAAACUCUUCCUCUUCCAAAUAUUAAAUGGAUUUGUCCAACUGCUCCUACGCGGCCUGUAGCCUUAUUUGGUGGAUUUCCUUGCACUGCUUGGUCUGAUGUUGGGGAUAUUUCCGAAGAUGCUUUGAAUGAUUUGGAGGGGUUAGAUGCUUCUGCAGCACACGUUGCCAAUCUUUUGUCAACAGAGCCUGCAAAUAUCAAACUCGGUAUUGGAGGUUUCAGUAAUGGUGCUGCAACUGCACUUCACUCGGCUACAUGUCAUGUUUUGGGACACUAUGGGAAUGGAAACGUUUAUCGUAUCAACUUGAGCGCAAUUGUUUCUUUAAGUGGCUGGCUUCCUUGUUCAAGGACCUUGAAAAACAAUAUCGGUGGAUCGCGCGAUGGCAUAAGACGUGCAGCGUCGUUGCCCUUAUUUCUCGGCCAUGGGAAGGCUGACGAUGUGGUUGCAUAUGAACACGGAGAGAAUUCUGCAAGGACCUUAAGCUCAGCUGGAUUCCAGAAUCUUAUAUUUAGAAGCUACAACGGGUUGGGUCAUUAUACAGUUCCUGAAGAGACUGAUGAAGUAUGCAGAUGGUUAACUGCAAAUUUGGCACUUGAGGGAUUAAGAUUGAACUAG